GCGAGGGCGCGCAUCUCUGUCCUCCGCUUGUGAAGCGACUGCAGGGGAGCCAGAUGCCCGACUGUGAGCCGCUGCCUGUGGAUACCUAUCCUAAAUGCCAGAGCAGGCAAGAGACGCAGACACGCUUUACUCCGUGAGGGAGAAGAGGAGAGACUAGAGGCAGUUAAAGGAGUAAAAAUUGUGUUUUGUUUUUUUUUUUUUUAAUUUUCCAUUUCUCCCCCCCCCUCUCUUGUUUUUCCCCCUACUCGCUCUCCCAGCUUCAACCAAAAGAAGAGCUUCCUUGGACUUGGAGUACCGAGCAUCAGUUGAAAAUAAAGCCGCUAUCCCACUCUGCCCCUGCUAUUGCGGCGCUGUUAACUGUGAGCGCGUCCCCACACUGCUUUGGAAUAUACGCGUAAAACCAUGGAGAUUAUAUGACGUGGAUUUAUUUAUUUUUUUAAUACUACUAUUAUUAUUAUUUUUAAAUUUUCUAACAAAACUGGACACCUACAAUAACGAAGUCCUUCUUCUUUCAUUUCACCAUCGCAUUAUUAUUUUUUGCGUUGUUCUGUUCUUUCAUUUGAUCUGUGGAUGCUUUUUCUUUUAAAUUGAUCAUUAUUAUUUCAUGUCCGUAGCUAUUCGUCUUUCUUUUUAAUUGAUCGAAUCAUUGAUUUGUUUUCCACACUUAUUGUUUCUGGGUUUCAUUCGGACACGCCAAAGUGGGAUGCCUCGCGGAGAACAUUUGUUGGAAGAAGAUUCCGCGCGGCUGCGAGGGUGAAUGAAUGAUAGUAUCCCCUCUCAGUCUGAGACGUGCCAUGGAUGGGAAACUUAAUUUGUAUCAGCGGAACCGAUCGGGGAAUAGCCGUCGCAUCAAAUAACUGCUGCUGACAGCGAUCAGGACGAAUGUCAUAGGAUGAACACUGCUGGUGGGGUGUGUCUGUCUGUGCUGUCCUCUCUCCUGGCUGUGGCUGGGGCCCUGGCUGCCGUGUCUGCCCUCGCUCUAGCUCCUCUCUCUGCCCUGGCUGAGGCUGCCUAUGGGGUUGCCGAUAGCGUCCCCAGCACCGGGGCAGAGGGGGCCCCCUCGCCUUUGUCCUCACCAUGCUCCAGCCUUGUAGCUGGGGUGCUAUAUGGCUCUUUCUCCCUAAGGGAGCUUUUUCCCUCCAGGGCACCGGGUUGUUCCUGGUCUCUGGAAAAUCCGGAUCCCACCAAGUACUCCCUCUAUCUCCGCUUCACGCGCCACCCUGUCAUUUGUAGGACACACUCCCCCAUGCUCCUUUCCCUUGACCACCACCUAGCCAAUCAAAGCUGUCCCCUGCACUUACAGACGGCCACUGCCAGAGAUCAGGAAGUCAUCGAUCUUUGUGGCAGCCACACCAGUUCAGACGGACCUUACUCCUUUCUGCAGUUCGAUAAGAACUUUGUCCAACUGUGUCUAACGAGACACCCAGCUGCAGAUGAGCCUCAGGUAUCUAAGGAAUUGCUGGAGCUGAGACUGGUAGAGGUGUUACUCAUUAACAACGAAAACUCCAGUCAGUUUACCUGCGGUGUGCUCUGCCGAUGGUUCGAGGAGUGUUUGCGCACUGAUCACAAUGGAGACCAGGAGGUUUCUGAUGGGGAUGGUUGUGGGAUGACUCAGACAGGCUGUAUUUGUCCAAAUCACAACAUUAUGGCACCGCCUGUUCCUCUGCUCCCAGAGACACCGCACACUUUCAGUAACGGGUCACUGGCUCCUGAUGACUGUUGCGUCACCGAGCUGCAUUCCAAUGAUGCAAUCGCCAUAGCGCCCCGAGAUGUCCGACAAGACCCGUAUGAUGACGACCUGAAGGUGAAGACCCAAAGACCACGAUCAGCUGACCAGCCAGGUGUGUUUCAGGCACAAACAGGUGACCCAGCAGCGGAGGAAUGGUCGCAGUGGAGUGUGUGUUCUCUGACAUGUGGGCAGGGCUGGCAAGUGAGGACCCGAUCGUGCGUUUCUUCUCCCUAUGGGACACUGUGCAGCGGUGCCCUGCGGGAAACACGCAUGUGCAACAACACGGCCUCUUGCCCAGGUGAACCCGGAAUCACAGGCUCAGUGCAUGGGCUGUGGGAGGAAUGGUCGUCAUGGAGUCUGUGCUCUGUGACCUGUGGGCGGGGCUCCAGGACACGAACCAGGAAGUGUAUGGACGGCAGCGGGGCUGUAGCUUGUGGACGGCCUGAGGUUCAGACCAAACUCUGCAACAUAGCAGUGUGUCCUGUGGAGGGCCAGUGGUCAGAGUGGGGGCCUUGGUCGAAAUGCAGUGUGACUUGUAACACAGGGACCGAGCAGAGGCAGAGGCGCUGUAGCCCAUCGGUGCACGGCUGGGCUGAAUGCAAAGGCCCCCAUCAGGAGAGCAGAGAAUGCACCAACCCUUCGUGCUCCGGUGGAGGUAACUGGGGCAGCUGGAACCACUGGAGUCUCUGCAGCAAGACGUGUGACUCUGGAUGGCAGCGACGCAUCAGGAUGUGCGAGGGCACUGGAUUGCAAGGCUACCCCUGUGAUGGCUUAGGAGAGGAGGUCCGGUCGUGUAAUGAGAAAAAGUGCCCUGCGCCUCAUGAGAUAUGCAAAGACGAGCACCUCCUCUCGAUGUCAUGGAAGAGAGCCUCAGCUGGAGAAACUGUCUACAACAAAUGUCCAACGAAUGCUACUGGGUCUGCUAGUCGUCGUUGUAUGCUGGACAAUAAUGGAGUUGCUUUCUGGGGUCCUCCGAGCUUCGCCAGAUGCGUCUCACUUGAAUAUAGAUAUUUACAUUUAUCUUUACGAGAGCAUCUCGCGAAGGGUCAGAGGACCCUGGCUGGGGAGGGCAUGUCUCAGAUCGUACGGAGUCUCCUGGAGCUCUUGCAGAGAAGGAGCUACUACAGUGGCGACCUUCUCUUUUCCACGGAGAUCCUGCGAAAUGUGACGGACACCUUCAAAAGAGCAACCUACAUCCCAGCUCCCGACGACGUGCAGAAAUUCUUCCAGAUUGUCAGCCACAUGUUGGACAUUGAAAAUUUAGAAAAAUGGGAGGACGCUCACCAGAUCGCUCCCGGUGCUGCUUUGCUGAUGAAGAUAUUGGAAGAUUUCAUUCACCUCAUUGGAGAGGCCCAGAAGCCUUUUCAGAGUUUUCUAGUGGUUACCAACAACCUCAUGGUAACCAUUCAGCGAGAACCAGUGUCAGCAGUUUCCAGCGACAUCAACUUCCCCAUGAAGGGCCGGAGGGGCAUGAAGGACUGGGCCCGAACAGCAGAAGAUAAGCUCUACAUCCCUAAAGAGGUUUUCACCAUCCCACCUGAAGAGCAAGAAGCUGAAACAGAAUCUACAAUGUACUAUGUCAUUGGAGCCAUCUUGUACAGGACACUUGGCAUCAUUUUACCUCCAGCGACUCCGCCUGCGGUGAUCAACUCCAAAAUCCUGACCGUGACAAUACGACCGGAACCACAACCCAGUGAGCCCAUGGUGGUGGUGGAGCUGUCACCGCUAUUAAAUGGUACAUCAGAUCCUCAGUGCGUUGUCUGGGACUAUGGAAACCCGGAAGCUGGCGCAGAAAACUGGGGCACAGAAGGCUGCCAAACGCUCGCAUCAACCGCUGUCCAUACCAAAUGCCUGUGCAGCAGAAUAUCCACCUACGCCGUGUUAGCGCAGCAAGCUAAAGACCCGGACAUGGGUCCUACCAGCAUGCCCUCUGUGCCCCUUAUGGUGGGGUGCGGCAUCUCCUGCACCGCUCUGCUCAUCCUGCUGCUAAUAUAUGCUGCCUUCUGGAGGUAUAUCCGGUCGGAGAGAUCGAUCAUCUUGGUGAAUUUUUGCCUCUCCAUCCUGGCCUCCAAUUUAUUAAUUCUGGUCGGACAAUCACAAACGCUUAGCAAGGGCCUCUGUACUGUGACUGCUGCCUUUCUGCAUUUCUUCUUCUUGGCGUCCUUCUGCUGGGUGCUGACUGAGGCGUGGCAGUCCUACCUGGCGGUCAUUGGCAAAAUGAGGUCACGACUCAUUCGCAAGCGGUUUCUGUGCCUCGGCUGGGGUCUUCCAGCCCUUGUUGUAGCAGUGUCAGUGGGUUUCACCAGAGCGAGAGGUUACGGCACAGCCAGCUAUUGCUGGCUAUCGUUGGAAGGCGGUCUGCUUUAUGCCUUUGUUGGGCCAGCUGCUGUCAUUGUAUUGGUGAAUAUGCUUAUUGGAAUCGUGGUGUUUAACAAGCUCAUGUCUCGAGACGGCAUCUCAGACAAGUCUAAAAAGCAGCGUGCUGGUGUCCCAGCGGAGGCGCGUAGCCGACUGCUCCUGAAAUGCUCCAAGUGUGGCGUGAUCUCAAGCACCGCUAUGUCCAACUCGACUGCCAGCAGCGCCAUGGCAUCUCUGUGGAGCUCCUGUGUGGUUCUCCCGCUGCUAGCGUUAACCUGGAUGUCAGCGGUCCUGGCCAUAACUGACCGGCGUUCCACACUCUUCCAGGUUCUCUUUGCCGUCUUUGACUCUGUUCAAGGCUUUGUUAUCAUCACCGUCCACUGCGCCAUGCGCCGAGAGGUGCAGGACGCGGUGCGGUGUCGAAUGGGGGGAUGUAAAGACGACAGCGAAAACUCACCAGACUCCUGCAAGAAUGGACAGGUGCAGAUCAUGACGGAUUUUGAGAAGGACGUUGACUUGGCUUGUCAAACAGAGAGAGGACACCCAUUCAUUUUCAAAGAGGUGAACACCUGUAACCCAGCCACUAUCACUGGGACCCUUUCCCGCAUCUCCCUGGAUGAUGAGGACGAUCCUAAGCUGGCAGCCCAUCAGGAGGGCGGAGUAGGGGUCAACUUCAGCACUCUCCCAGGGAACAUCCCCCCUCCUAACCUUAUUGUACAGGUUCCACCUCUGGGAGGCCUCAAUGAGCUGAGUGAAACCCCCCUAAAGAAGGAAGUGAAUGUGGACCAGCAGAGACAACAGGGGCAGCAACGUGGCGGCGCUCCGAUCUACCUGUGCACCGAGAGUGGCCUGGGCUGGGCUCGACCUCCGGCUUCAUCCAACACCUCCCAGGACGGAAGUGCUGGAAGCGGAGGGGGUGGGGGAGACGGAGGAGAGGGGGGUGGUGGAGGAGAGGGGGACUACAUGGUCUUACCUCGCAGGACAGUCACUUUCAAACCUGCAACACCCUCCUCCCAAGGAGGAGGCCUGGGACUGGGGGGUGAGGACAAGCCUCUCAACAUUGGAGUGGAGGAUCCUCCCUUCCCGCCGCCUCCCUCUCCUCUGACCCUUCAUCCGGCAGAGAGUGAGGCCUAUCCGGCGGAUUUUGUGCCAUCCAGUGUGGGUGACAUGAACAUCACCAUGAACCUCAACCGCUCCUUUGGGACGAUCAAAACAUUGCCCCAUGGGCAGGGCCACUUGAUGCCUCAGGGUGGUCUUGUGCACUCCCAUGGAGGACAUAUGCAUUCCCAUGGGAAUUCUUUGCAGCUAAAGCCGGGCCAGAGACCUUCAGUCAGACAGAUUCUGACAGGGGGAACAACAGUGGAGAGAACCAGGACCCUGCCACGCAACCUGGGCAGCACCAAUGCCAACACCAGCCUCUCAGCAGGAUCCCUGGAGAGGAAAAGAGUACGGUACUCUGAACUGGACUUCGAGAAAGUGAUGCACACUCGCAAAAGACAUUCUGAGCUGUACCAUGAGCUCAACCACUCGUCCAAGUUCCACACCAUAGACAGGUAUAGCAGGGACCCAGCCAUGUCCACAUUCAAGAGGGAAAAGCGAUGGAGCAUUUCGUCUGCCGGCGGUGAAAAGAACUCAUCGAGUGACAAGUCAACCCCAGAGGACCAAAGCUCCUGGGACAGCUUCAAGACCAUGACCCCCGAGCUGUCCAUCGUGCCCGGGGAGCAGAAGGACCGGAUGGAACUGCACAAUAAAAACUGGGACUCGUCCUCGGCUAACACCCCCGACUCAUCCGAGGGAGACUUCCAGACUGAAGUGUGAAGACACGCAGACGUACACACCCACUGAAACAGACACGCUCUCCCGUGCCGAGGUGCAGAUGCACACAGAGACACCGGACUACUGAAAAGCUAUACAUAGGUACACGAGUUCUCUGCAAGGAUCACACACACUCACACACACUCUCUACUACUCCCCGCCUCCCCAUCUCCUGCGAUGUGCUCUGUCGGAUCCCAUAGUGUAUGUUUACUGCUGCAGCGGACAGACAUGGAAAGAAGACUGUUCUACUCUAUAUUUUCGCAAAGACUAUUGAAAAGAAAGAACAGGGGCUUGACAUGUCUGUGACUGAUUAAAAAAGAGAAGAUUUUUAAAUGAACUUUAAAAGAAGAAAGAAAAAAAACUAUGAGAAACUUAUUUCAGAGAAAUUGUCUUGAUUUUAUUCUGGAGAAGAUAAAAAAAGAUAACCUCUUUCAAUUGUUUCAUGACUUUGAGGUGGGGGUGGGGGUGGGAGAUAUUUGUUUUAUAGCAAGGGGAAAAGAUCUCACCGAGGUUUCUCACACUUGGGUAGCCUCCCUUCCUCCUCCUCCCUUCCAAGGCACCCUGGUCUCAAUUUGCUUUUCCCCUUGAGAAUCAAAUUGGUCAGUCUUUAUCUAUUCCCUUUCUCUUUUCUUUUUUUCUUAUUUGAACGGACAGGGAAUGUGGGGGCGGGUGGGGGUGGAGCCUCUCGAUGAUAUGUGCCAUCCUCUCUUCUGUUUUUCAGGUUUAAUUUCAACACUUUUAGUCACCCGUUCCUGUCGCACUCUUUGUGUUAACAUCACAUUCCUUCACUCGGUAUAUUUUUUUAUGGUUUGGUUCCCAAAGAAAAAAAAAUGUCCUCCCCUACAGAACAAUAACACGGCUGAAACAAAUAACUACCAACCGAGUUGUGUUCUAUGGUCUCAUUGUUGAAGAAAGAAUCGAUUCAUUUGGAGAAUUUGGUUGGGUUUGUGCUUGUGAUGCUUUUUCAUUCUUAUUAUAUAUCUAUUUUUUUUAAUUUCCUGUAAACAGUUACACAGCACAUAAAUGUGAGCUUGCUUUCUGACAUAAUGUGCACCACGCGAGAUCCCCCGCCCACUGCCCCCAAGAGAGGGAACAAAAAAGGAUGCGAAUCAUGCAGAUUCGUGCAUCUCCUUCUUUUCCCCUCUGCUGCUUAAAGAGAAGAGUAGUAUAAGACUUACACAUCUGACUCCAUUUCAACCAUCACCAGUCGUAGUAAAGCCAGAAAAGAAGAAUAUCUCAGGCGCUUCUGCCUGCAAGGAAUGCUUUUGAGAUCCUCAGAAAUGUGCUGCUUUAGAGUGAAGAAUUGAUCAGUUUCCCCCAGUCAAAAAACCUCUGUUAGCUUCAAAUGACCUGAGGAGGAUUUUGAAGCCAGUAAUGAGACAUCACACGAUCCGAGGACUUCAUCACGAGCUCUACAAACAUGCCUUUCUUUGCUUACAGCGCCGCCCCUCUGUUGCUCACUCUGCCCACUCAGUGUCGUGCUCCUAGAAGGCAUGAAGUCUAGCAGCAGAGCAGAGAUAUGUAAUUCCCCGCUCGCAGAAAGACGGGGAGAGAAUCACAGGUUAUAAGGCUACAAGGUGUCAGACUGAAGAGGAGCCGAUGGUGAUGCUUUCUGCUUGACAUUCUACCUCCGUACUUCAGCGGUUACAAGAGGACGACCAGUUUUCUGCUGCUGCUACAUUAGCACAUCAGUCCUCCACACACCAGCAGAGAGAAAGUGUCAGAGAGUGCAGGAUGAAUUCAAAAGAUAGCUCCAUAACUUUUCUGUCUAUGUUCAAAGCAGCUGCCAUUAAUCUAACAGUGUGGAUAGAAAAAAAAAUAGAGACAGUUUAUGGGUGAAGAAACGAAGAAAAAUGGUAGCCGAGGAGGAAAGUUCUAAAUAUACACGGCAAAAAAGAAAAAAAGCCAGAGGCAGGCAGAGAUGCCGAGGAAGGGGAGCGCUCAAAAACAGUAAUUAUCCGGGGAUGGCGAUUUGUCCUGACAUUUUCCAAUGCAGCCCUCAAACCAUCUGUUUAAAGAUCCCUAAUGUGGUAGUAGAGCAGCACAGCGCAGAUGGUGAGACAAGAGCGCGGCCCUCCUAACCUUUCAAGUUAAUCAGCCGAUAAGCAAACCUACAGCUCGCCCUCUCUCAGAGGAGCGAGAUAGGUUUGAUCCCAAGUUGCCGAGCUAAGGUCACAUUCACCUGACCUUCUGUGAGGAGGCUCUGCUUUUGCAUAUCUACUGCACAGUGUGUCCAACAGAACAAAGCAACUGUCUGCCAGGCCCCCAUGUGAGUCCAUGAGAAACCAAUCAUUUUUAGACCCCCCCUUCCCAUCAGAAACCCACAAGCAGGAAAGAAAUAGUCAGGUUUGAUUUUCACACAAUGUGGCGUUUUGAUACAGCCCCCCUGCCCGAUUUGUUUAUUGUGGCGUGAACAGCUUCAGACGCGGUGAUGAAUGGCUUUUAAGUUUUCUUCUCGGAGUAAACGGUAAGUGAGACGCUGCCUGUCUGAUUGAGAUAUUCAUCUUGGGUCUUAACAUUUCGAAACUUCAACGUUUUCCUCUUCUGCGAUGCAUAUUUAAACACGAGAAGAUGCCGGUCAGAAUGCGCUACCCAUCUCAAUUUUUCUUCCUGUCAGUCCUACAAAAAUCAACCCACACAAACAAGUACAAAACUAAGGAGAGAAAAUUUGCAACUCAACUCCAUGUUCAAGCCAACUUAACCCCCCCCACCCCAUGUUCACCUUCGCCCUCCACCCUGAUGCUUCAGUGUUAACCCGACCGCUACAACCAUCCAGCUGGUUUAUUACUGAAAACUCAUCCCUUUCUCCAUUUUUGUUCUUUUUAUACAUAAGAUUGUACAAAGUAGUCCUCUAAUGUUUUCAUAGUGUCUUUUUUAUAUGAAAAUAAAUUUUCAAAUCGA